UGGUCCUGCUGGUCCUUGUGUUACUAACCCACAGUGGGCUGGUUCAUGCUUCUUUACACUGUGGAUGUCACGUGGGUUGGGCUUGUUAAGGAGGACAUCCAAAACACACACCCACACCCACUCACACGCAUUUUCCCAGUGAAGGGGUGGAGGACUGCGUGUGUCCAGGACUUCCUCACAUAUCAUGGACGACUCGGGCCCGUACACCAGGCGCUCUGCGUUGCCGUGGCUGGUCGGGGCGUCACAGAUGGUGGGCGUGGCUUCGGUGGUGCUGACGGGCGUAUGGAUGGGCCACUUCAGGGGGGGGUUCGCCUGGGACGGUUCAGCGCAGGAGUUCAACCUGCACCCCCUCUGCAUGGUGUUGGGCCUGGUGUUCUUACAAGGAGACGCCAUCCUGGUGUAUCGAGUAUUUCGCAAUGAAGCCAAAAGGAACGUGAAGCUCCUCCACGGCAUCGUCCACCUGCUGGCACUCAUCAUUAGCAUCGUAGGUUUUGUAGCUGUGUUCGACUUCCACAGAUCAGCUAAGAUUCCAGACAUGUAUUCACUGCACAGCUGGUGUGGCAUGGCAACCCUCCUGUUAUUCAGUUUACAGUGGGUGAUGGGUUUGCUGUUCUUCCUGUUUCCUGUUGCGUCGGCAUGGUUACGUGCUGCGUACCUCCCCGUCCACGUGUUUGGGGGCGUGGUCCUGCUGGUUAUGGCCAUCGGAUGCAGCCUGUUGGGAAUCACCGAGAAACUGCUGUUCAGCAUCAUGCCCACUUACUCCUCGUUUACGUCCGAGGGGGUUCUGGCCAACGUCCUGGGUCUCCUACUGGUGGGUUUCGGCGUGGUGAUGGUUUACAUCAUCACCAAAGAAGAGUUCCGACGCCCUCCGAACCCAGAGGAGGAGGCUCUGACCGUCCACUUCAAGACCCUGACGGAGGGGGGGGCCCCGCCCACACCCUGACCGGCUCCUCCCACUCAGGGGUAAAACCACGUGGUCAGAACACAUGGGGGUGGGUUUGGUCCUGUGGUUCUGAUCUGAAGAAUUCUAAAUGACUCUUAAAGGUCCAAUGUGUAACAUUCAGGAGAAUCCAUUUAAAGACUGAAAAGGUCCAAGUGAUGAUGUCAUAACUGGUCCAAGUGAUGAUGUCAUAACUGGUCCAAGUGAUGAUGUCAUAACUGUCAAUCACCUGAACGUCAGCCUGUUUAGUCCUCUGAGGCUUAGACCAGGUCUAGACCCUUAUGAGGGUCCGUGUGGAACAUCUGAAUCUGUAGAAGGAAAACAUUACAGCUGAGUUUCUGUCCCGUGGUUUCGUAAAUAUGUGAGUGUGUGUUCCAGUGUGAUGUCACAGUUCAAACAGAUGACACGUACGUCUGAGAUCAAAUAUUCAUGAACGUUCCAAAUGUGUCCAUGAGUCUGUAGAUAAAAAAUACAUGUGAGUAAACGGUUGAAUGAGUUCAUAAAUGUACUGUGUGUAUUUGAUCACAAUAUGAAGGAAUUAGUUUAGACCAGAAUUCCAAACAGGGAAUCCAACUGGACCAGGAUCUGGACCAGGAUCUGGACCAGGAUCUGGACCAGUGGUCUUUCUCAGUCACAAACACAAACCAGCAGGACUGCUGUGGUCAGUCUGUCUGCCCUGCACAGACAGGACUUCUGCAGCAGAGGGUCCAUGGGUUCACACACUGACCAGGAGUCCAGGGUCCAGGGUCCAGAUCAGGGUCCUACAGGUGAACAUGACACUGGACUGAUGGACGGACUGGACCUGGUUUGGUUCUGGGACUUGGUCGGCCAUCUUGGACAGUGAUCCUGCCUGAUCUGGACCGGGUCUGGACCUGAUGUGGACCUGGUCUGGAUCUGGUCUGGAACCUGAACUCAUGGUCAGUCCCUCCAGGACACGACAUCAUUAAACCAAUUAGACGCUGACAAUCAGUCACAUGAUCUUCUGUCAUUAUGAGUUGAACUGUUUAAUUCAAUGGAAUGUUUCUGGAAUUUAAAUGUUGAAGGUUCAGUUUGUAAAAUGUUCCAGAGGUUUGAGUUUGAGCUGAUAAUGACCUUCAUAUAUAAGUUAACCCUAGUUAAUGUAAGUUAACCCUAGUUAGUGUUAAUAUAAGUUAACUCCAGUUACUGUUACUGUAAGUUAACCCUAGUUACUGUAAGUUAACCCGAGUUAAUGUAAGUUAAGUCUAAUUAUUGUACGUUAACCCUAGUUACUGUUAAAGGAAGUGAACUCUAGUUACUGUUAAUCUAAGUUAACCCUAGUUAGUGUAAGUUAACCCUAGUUAAUGUUAAUGUAAGUUAACCCUAGUUAAUGUAAGUUAACCCUAGUUACUGUUAAUGUAAGUUAACCCGAGUUAAUGUAAGUUAACCCUAGUUAAUGUAAGUUAACCCUAGUUACUGUUAAUGUAAGUUAACCCUAGGUGAUGUAAGUUAACCCUAGUUAAUGUAAGUUAACCCUAGUUAAUGUUAAUGUAAGUUAACCCUAGUUAAUGUAAGUUAACCCCAGUUACUGUUAAUGUAAGUUAACCCUAGUUAAUGUUAAUGUAAGUUAACCCUAGUUAAUGUAAGUUAACCCUAGUUAGUGUGAGUUAACCCGAGUUAAUGUAAGUUAACCCUAGUAAAUGUUAAUGUAAGUUAACCUAGUUAACAUAAGUUAACCCUAGUUAGUGUAAGUUAACCCGAGUUAAUGUAAGUUAACCCUAGUUAGUGUAAGUUAACCCGAGUUAAUGUAAGUUAACCUAGUUAAUGUUAAUGUCAGUUAACCCUAGUUACUGUUAAUGUAAGUUAACCCAAGUUAAUGUAAGUUAACCCUAGUUAAUGUAAGUUAACCCUAGUUAAUGUAAGUUAACCCUAGUUAGUGUAAGUUAACCCGAGUUAAUGUAAGUUAACCUGAGUUAAUGUUAAUGUAAGUUAACCCUAGUUAAUGUUAAUGUAAGUUAACCCUAGUUAGUGUAAGUUAACCCGAGUUAAUGUAAGUUAACCCUAGUUAAUGUUAAUGUAAGUUAACCCUAGUUACUGUUAAUGUAAGUUAACCCUAGUUAAUGUUAAUGUAAGUUAACCCAAGUUAGUGUAUGUUAACCCUAGUUAGUGUAAGUUAACCCUCCUUACUGUUAGUGUAAGUUAACCCUAGUUAAUGUAAGUUAACCCUAGUUAAAGUAAGUUAACCCUCGUUACUGUUAGUGUAAGUUAACCCUAGUCAGUGUAAGUUAACCCUAGUUAAUGUAAGUUAACCCUAGUUAGUGUAAGUUAACCCUAGUUAAUGUUAAUGUAAGUUAACCCGAGUUAGUGUAAGUUAACCCGAGUUAGUGUAAGUUAACCCGAGUUAGUGUAAGUUAACCCUAGUUAAUGUUAAUGUAAGUUAACCCGAGUUAGUGUAAGUUAACCCUAGUUAAUGUAAGUUAACCCUAGUUAAUGUUAAUGUAAGUUAACCCGAGUUAGUGUAAGUUAACCCUAGUUAAUGUAAGUUAACCCUAGUUAGUGUUCCCACUGUUCUUGAUCCUGUAAAUGCGAUAUGUUCAGUGCGUGUGAACAUUCUACUUCCUGUCUGUUCUAGUUUGUUUUUACUGUUUUUUUUCUCAGUUGAGAAGGUUCAGUGUUUCCUGUUUUUAAAGACGGUCAUAAUGUCUAUUAUAUGAAUGAACUACAACAGUAGUAGUAAAUUAAACAAACUAUGGCUCCAAAUUCAGUCAUUUACUCAAAAAACCCCAAAUCUUUUUCUUUUUUCAUUUAAAAAACAAACUUGACUUCGUGUUUAACUUAUAUAAUCUGUAUUUGUAGAACUAUUCAAACCAAAGUGACUGAUAUUCGGUCUUUAAAUCAGAUUAAUACAGUUUUAGUUACAGGAAGUAGUUUUUACCGACGAGUCAAACUGAUGAGGUUUCUGUCAUGAAAUGAGCAGUGACUGCUGUAGAAGAGCAGAGGGUGGAAACUAAACGGCUGAUUGGUCGACACAGAUAUGAGUGUGUACAGCUGAUUAACGUCAAACCCAAAUGUGUUCAUCAGAUUUUACACAUUUACACACGGAACCGUUCUGUCUGCUGCCUUUUAAACCAAAGCUUCACAUUAGUAUUUAGUAUUAUUAGGAUGUGUACUGUUAGUAUUAUUAUUAUUAUUAUUAUUAUUAUUAUUAUUAUUAUGUAUUUGUGGUGGUUGGUUUUCCUCCUGCUGUCUUGAAGUCUGUCUUACAGUCUAAACGGGGACCUUUAAGUGUCAUGUGAUUCUCUGAUCUGGUUCAUUCAGGGUUUAUCAAACGCAUCCCAUAAUAUUCAUCAUCCAAUCGUGUUUAGUCGUUGUCUAAUGAACUCUGAGGAUAGUUCUGAGUAGUUUGUCCAGAACUCAUGAUGCUUUAACUAAAUGUGAAGUCACACAACCUGUGUGUUUGUUGUUCUGACGUUUAGGGGACUGAGUCCACCAGUUCAGACCUGUGAAAAUGUGUCAACAAAUAAAAACAAA